AUGAAAUUUCUCUGUUUGCCGGGGGCCUACUGCAGUGCAAAGGGAUUCACGGCGCAGCUCGGGCCGUUUAUCACUUCUCUUCAACAGAAUGGAGAAGCCAACUUCUUCUUUGUUCAGGGAGAGAUAGAGGUUCAUCCCCCUCAAGAACAUGCUGCGUUCUUCGGGCCUCCUCCAUAUUAUUCCUUUUGUCAGGCCACCAGGGGAAAUCUAGGCAAAUUCAAUAUGAGCGACUUCCCCAAGCGCGAAUCGGCCGAGGUAUCCAUGAGAGAAGCAAUUCAGAUUGCAGAUAAUCCGACGUAUCUUAAUAUCGCAAGUGUCCUCGAUCGCUUAAUCAAGAUCGUUGAUGCAGAGGGUGACAUCGAUGCCGUCAUUGGAUACUCUGAAGGUGGUCAGAUAGCUGCAUCUCUGCUUAUUGAGGAAGAACGGCGACGGAAGGAAUAUGGACGAGAGCCUCGUCUAAAAUUGGGCAUUCUGUUUAGUGGCUGGCCUCCCCUCGAUCCAAUCAAGGGACACAUCAUGGUCGGAGAUGAGGACGCGGAUGAGUAUGAGAUAACUGUUCCGACCUGCCAUGUUGUCGGGGCGCAAGAUCCGUUCCUGGAUGGGUCGAUGGUUCUGUAUAACAUGUGUGACCCCGAUACUUCCGAGAUCUAUGAUCAUGGCGGGGGCCAUAUGAUUCCUCGUGUGAAGAAGACGGUUGAUGAUCUGGCGAGUUUUGUUCGGGAGCAGAUGGACGCAAUUGUGGGAGCUUGA